CAACAACUAGCGAAAACAACAACAACAACUAUCUAAGGUAUGUGAAGCGCAUUAUGCAAAAGCACACUUCAGCUUUAUUUAGAUGUUCAAGGACUUUCAUAAGGUGCUUUACAAACAAGAUGGCUACAGCAGAUAUAAAUUCAUUGUCAGAACCAUGUUCAGUUAUUGGAGUGUGUCAGAUGACAUGCACUGGAGAUAAAUCAGCAAACUUUCAGAAAGCAAAAUCCUUAGUAGAGCGAUGUAAAGCUCUUGGUGCAAAGAUGGUGUUUUUACCCGAGGCCUGCGAUUUUAUAGCUGAUAGCAAACAACAGAGUAUGGAUUUGGCGGAGUCAUUGCAAGGGGAGACAAUUGGUAAAUAUCGUCAGUUAGCAAAGGAAUUGUCUGUUUGGAUUUCUAUUGGUGGAUUCCAUCAGAAGCCACCAGACUUGAAUGUGAAGAAGUUGUACAAUACUCAUGUGAUGUUAGAUGAUAAAGGAAAUAUACAAGGCACAUACUGUAAAAGUCACAUGUUUGAUCUGGAUAUUCCUGGAAAGAUACGACUCUGUGAAAGUGAUUAUACCCUACCUGGAAAUAAGAUUACCCCACCCAUUGAAACUCCUGCAGGAAAAGUUGCUCUCGCUAUUUGCUAUGAUAUGAGGUUCCCAGAGAUGUCACUGGCUCUUAGAAACCAAGGCGCUGAGAUUCUGACUUACCCAUCAGCAUUUACCAUACCUACAGGAAUGGCACACUGGCAUGUAUUGUUAAGAAAUCGUGCAAUAGAGUCACAAUGUUACGUGGUGGCAGCAGCUCAAACUGGAUGGCACAACGAGAAAAGGUCAUCAUAUGGACAUAGUCUGAUAGUAGAUCCAUGGGGUACAGUGCUUGCAGAGUGCGGAGAGGGUGAGGGUGUGUGUGUAGCAGAAAUAGAUCUAGAAUAUCUGCAGAAAGUGCGAUUACAGAUGCCACUACAAAAUCACAGACGAACAGACCUGUAUGGUGAUAUUGUACUUCAUACUCCAGUGGACAAUAUAGACAGCUGGAGUGAAUACGAGUUUGGACAUUGUAAGAUAGGGAGUAAACAGGUGUUCUACAGGACAGCCUUGUCAUUUGCCUUUGUUAACCUGAAACCUGUUCAACCUGGUCAUGUUCUUGUGGCCUCUAUACGCAAGGUCAAACGUUUCAAUGACCUUGAACCAGCUGAGAUGUCAGACUUGUUCAGAGUUGUAAGCCAUGUUUCGAAGGUUGUGGAAAAACAUUUCAAGGGGACUUCACUCACUCUUAGUGUUCAGGACGGUCCAGAAGCAGGACAGACUGUUGAGCAUGUCCAUGUUCAUGUGUUACCAAGGAAAGCAGGAGAUUUUGCACAGAAUGAUGAUGUCUAUAAAGAGCUGGAAACUCACGAUGACCAUUUAGAUGAAGAUCGGCUGCAUGGAAAAGUAAGGACAGUAGAACAAAUGAAUGCAGAAGCUGCACAACUCCGAGCUUAUUUCAGUUGAUAAAUGUACUUUGCAUUAGUCUGUUGCAGUACUGUAAACUCAGAAAUAUUUGUGAGGGAUUUAUUUUUGCUGUAUUAGAUAACUAUGGAAAUAGAUAUUGGUGAAAGUGAUAUUACCAUAGAUAGUCCUGUGUAUUUCACACAUAUUCUACCACAUGACCUAAUUUUAAUUGUAAAAGUAGCAAACAUUAAGCCUUGCAAAAAUAUCUGAUUUUACAGUAGUAUUAGUGAUAUUUUAGUUUCAGAAUUAUUUAUGUGUGAAACAGUAGUACAGAAAGGUAGAUCUCUCAUGUUAAUGACUAUUAAAAGUAUAAGUAAGAUAAUUAUACUGUAAAAGCAGAAAUUUUCGCGAGGGUUUAAAUUUUGCUAUAUUCUUGAGCCCCUACAUCUUGCAAAAAUUAAUCCUCGCGUAAAUAUUUACCAUUAGUAUUAUUCAGAUUCAAGUAGGAUACCAUAUUUACAAUUUCGCGAAUGUUAAACCUCGAGAAUGUAUUCAAAACUUUAAAUUCACGAAAUUUUGGCCCAGUGAAAAUAUGUGCUUUUACAGUAACCUGUGAUAUUUUAUCCUUGUUCUUCUAGGGUAACUUGUUUGUUACUAAUACUGCUGAACCUUCCUUUAGUCAGGAUAAUCCUUGUAAAUAAAUGUUUUUAGAAUUGGAAAUUGGCUAUAUCCAGAUUAAAUUAUGCAGAAAGCCUAAGGUUUAUUUAAUGAGUGUUCCAUAUAAAUGGAGUUCAGUCGGGCAGGGUAUAUACUGUUACGCUAUGUUUGUGUGUUUCCUUGUCAGAGGAAAAUUAUUAUAGUGUCAGAAAGGCUAUCAUGUUAAUGUAUUCAUCCAUUCAUUUAACACUUAUCAUGCUGGACGUGAUUGAUUCUGCCUUUGCGACCACUGCGCUGUUCGCUAUUCAGCCAGUAUCUUUUAUGUAAACACCCCUUUCAGCAGUUAAUGGUACUGUCCAAACUGGAAGAUGUACAAGUUCAUUAUAGAACUUUAGCAUGGUAAGGGUUAAGAGAGGAAUUUUAUAGGGUAUUGGUAAAAGCCUUUGUUUCUUUAUUCAUAGAUAAUGAAUGUGGGUUAUGGGUGAGAGUGCAUUUGUCUUGGUUAAGCAGUAUUCUUCUUAAGUUAACCAUCUUCAACAGUCUACAUAACAUGAUUAGAUGAUUCAUUGUUAGGUUUUAUUAUAUAUAAUAUAUAUAUAUAAUCCACAGGCAGUGUUCUAUAAACAUGUUUAAACAAUCAUCUUGUUGAAAUUAUUCUAGCAGAAUAUUUCCCUAAUGAGUGAAAAUGUGUAAUUGUACUGAAGAAUAGUAUUUAUGACUGACAGUAGGAUUUUACAGGCAGAUGGUUUUUGCUGUAUGCACAGGUGUAGUAUGUGCUAUAUAUUCAAAUAAAAUGAUGAAACACA